AUGGAUGCAAUCAGGAAACAAGCAACCUGGCUCAGGGAACAAGUCGCCAGACAACAACAGGCUGUCUUUAAGCAGUUUACCAACGGACUAGGGGGUGUGGAAAGUGGCGCAAAUGAUGACUCUGAAUCUCAACAGCAUCAAAAGAUUGAGAAACUUUACAUCUCCACGCGUGCUGGGAAGCAUUUUCAAAGGGAUAUUGUCCGAGGAGUGGAAGGCCAUAUUGUUACUGGAUCAAAGCAAGUUGAAAUCGGUACUAAGCUCUCAGAAGAUAGCAGGAAAUAUGGUGCCGAAAACACAUGCACCAGUGGAAGUACACUAUCUAAAGCUGCAUUAAGUUAUAGUAAGGCUCGUGCGCAAAUUGAAAAGGAACAUAGUGAUUUGUUGAAAGCCCUUGGCACACAGGUCGCAGAGCCACUACGUGCAAUGGUAGUGGGCGCUGCCUUAGAGGAUGCCCGGCAUCUUGCUCAACGUUAUGACAAAGUGAGACAGGAAGUGGAAGUUCAGGCAAUCGAAGUUUCUCGACGCCAGGCUAAAGUGAGGGAGUCUAAUGGUCAUCCUGACUAUGUAGCAAAGCUGGAGGCUGCUGAAUCAAAGCUUCAGGAGCUCAAAUCCAACAUGGCUACAUUGGGCAAAGAAGCUACUGCUGCGUUGGCUGCCGUGGAAGCUCAACAACAAAGGCUGACUCUCCAGCGAUUAAUAACAAUGGUUGAGGCGGAGCGCUAUUACCACCAGAGAAUAUUGCAGAUACUCGAUCAACUCGAGGCUGAGAUGUUGUCAGAACGUCAAGGUGCUGAAGUUUCUUCAAGGCCUACUGAUGAUAACAUGACACAACCACCUCCAUCUUAUGAAGACGCCAAUGGUUUAUUUGCGUCUCAAUCAUAUGAUGGGUCAACAGAUGCAUUGGGUUACUUCCUAGGCGAGGUGGUUCAUCCAUAUCAAGCUGAAAGUGAUGUGGAGUUAAAUUUGUCAGUUGGUGAUUACGUUGUUGUUAGAAAGGUAUCAAACAACGGAUGGGCUGAAGGUGAAUGCAAGGGAAAAGCUGGUUGGUUUCCUUUUGGUUUUGUCGAAAGAAGAGAUCGUAUUCUUGCCAGCAAAGUGGCCGAAGUUUUUUAA